AACUCAUUAUGCGGCUCAUAUCUACCAUCCUCCCCAUACUUGCCAAUGUCAUAGCGGUACCAGCACUCUAUUGCACAGCAGACGGAAUCCCAUGGCCAGACGAGGCCGGGCCUGGACAAGUUUGCAAUAAACAUCUAUUUUGCGUAUGUAUAUCCUUAUAGACAAUCACUUACCUCCCCGAAUCGCUAUCUCAAUGUAAUAUCCAACUGAGAAAUCCGAAAUUCUGACUAAUACAACAUGUAGUGUACCAGUGAUGAAAUUGGUCAAGAUUCAGAUAUCUUCACUAUCCACAGAACGGGAGAAGAGUUACUGGAUAUUGAUGGAUAUAGUAUUAACUGCUUAGAAGGAUUCGGGGUAAGUUUCUUCAUCUGCUUCUUUUGUGUUUGGGAAAUAAUUUUGUAUACGGAAAUAUUGUACUGAUGAAGUGGUGA